UUGCUUUCGAAGCUCUGCUUGAGCCUGCACCUGUCCUUAUCUGCCCAAUAUGUGAUCUGCCACAGAAGACCAGUGAUGUUGCAUGCGUAUUUGGCUGUAUGUUCAACGAUCUAGACCUUGUUGAUCAUUUGGAACGAGACCACAGCGACAUCCUUGCCGACGACAUGGUAUGCGAUUUUUCGGAUCCACGAUACCUUUUUACAACGUUCCAGGAGAAACGAACACAGAACAACCCGUCGUCAAAUCAAAGGAGUUCUGAACAAACCGGUGGUGCAGAUGGGGAUGAUGACCGGCAUACCAUCGUUCUCAGUGAUGGUGAAGAGAGAAGCGGGUCGAGUUCACCGGGUGAUAGUGGAAUGGAGCAUAAAUACUCUCCAAAAAUGCGUCCAAAUGCCGUUGAGGAACGUCUUCAGAAUGAGAACUACUUGAAAACGACUCAGGAAAUACGAGGCUUGAAUAACUCGAGCAGUGGGAAUCCGACGUCAGGAGUAGUGGACAUGGAGACGAACGUGUCCCAAGCAACAGAGCCCUCACAUUCGAAAUCCGCACAGGUUCCAUAA